AUGGAGGAUCCAACAAGGGAAGGUGCUCUUCUGGACCUGAUAACUGCAAACAAGGAAGAAUCGGUUGGGGACAUGAAAGUUGGAGGCAGCCUUGACUGCAGUGCCCAUGAGAUGGUGGAAUUCAAGAUCCUAAGAGGAUUCACCAGUACCACUAAUUCACAGAACACUAGUUCACAGGAUAUAGUAUCAUCGGGAUCUGAGGAAAAGGUUAUCCGUCAUAUUAACCUGAUGUAUCCACAAAAGGAAUUGGAAGAGAUGAGAAGACUUGAUAAAAAUCCCCCUCAUUUAAGACCCUUAAUCAUAACUGAAUUUUCUUAUCUUAAUGAUGAAGACACAGACCCCCAUAUAACCACUAAGGAAAUGCCCUAUUCUGCCACUGAACUGGCAAAGUUAAAAAAGGAAUAUGGGCAUCUUAUCAAAGAAUCUGAAACAGAAUAUGCGUGGCGUGUGUCUUUAACUGGGGGUGACCAAAUUUAAUUGAGUGAAAAGGAGGCUGAGGGUUAUUGGGGCCACAGAGUUUUCUUAACAACAGGCGAUCGCCGGGCCCCAUGGUCCUUAACUCAGCGUGCUGCUUACUGGGCUGGAGGGUUAAACCCUCUGGAUAGGGGAGACCCCUUGGCAAUAACAGGCACAGCUGACCAAUUACUAGAAAGUGUACACAAAGCUGCUUGCCUACAAAUGAUACAUGAGAGAAAAUUAAUUCCCGGAUGUGAAUCACCAAUGAUGUUGCCCAUUAACCCUGAAAUUAUGACUCCCUUGAUAAGGGGACUUCCUGAGUCACUUAAAUCCACAGGGAUAAGUCUCCAGAGAACCAUAGCAUCGAUAGGUCCUGUGGAGAGGUUGAAGGCCCCGCUAGGUAACAGACCUUACCCUAGACCUAAAGUCUGGACAUGGGAGGAGGUAGCACAAGAAUUAAUUGAUUACAGUAGGAAAUAUUGUCUUGUGAAGCCUUUAGAAGAAAUAUCAAGGGGCAUCCGACAUGUAGGAGUUAAAAAUGCACUCCCCCAUCCCAGCAAAACUGCAGAUGUUGCCGAAGAACAGUCACAAUCUAAAUCCGUUUCAGUCCGACUUCAUUGGUGGCAUUUUCGGCUUAAAAGGGGAAUUCUGGUGAAACUCCCUACUGUGUGA